UUUGAGAUUACAUUUCAUUGUAUCAAAGACAAUAUGUUAUUACUGGUAAAUGCUUAAAUUUUGAACUUUUAUUAUUAUUCAUUUACUAUGACAGUGAAUUAUUAUUUUCGUAAUCUAAUACGUAGUGUCAAUUAAAAUAUUAGUACUAGUUUUAAUAGAUUAUAGCAAUGGAACCAGCUGCUGAAUCAAUAUCUGUGCGAUCAAUGCGUCUCAAUAAUACUUUAAUGGGACCCAUCAUCAUGUCAAAUACAACAUUAAACAAAGAAUUACUUUUUGAUUCUAUUAUUUUAUUGUUUGAUGAAUGUAAUAAUGAAGUAAUGAAAAGUGAUCCAUUGAUUGCUAAUUUUGUUAACAAAUUUAAAAUGGUUAUCCCAGAGUUAAAGUCACUCCGUGUUAAUCGUCUGGAUUUUGAAUCAAAGCAAAUAAUUGGUAAAGGGCAUUUUGGUGAUGUUGAGUUAGUUGUUGAAAAACAUACUAAUAACAUUUUUGCUAUGAAAGUUUUAAAAAAAGACAAUUUAAUUAACCAAAAAGAUAUUUCUUUUUAUGAACAUGAGAGGGAUAUAAUGGCAUCAUCAAGUUCUCCGUUUUUAACUCAGUUACAUUAUGCAUUUCAAGACUUUCAAAACUUAUAUCUUGUCAUGGACUAUCAUCCUGGUGGUGACUUUGCUAAUUUAAUUGAUAAAUUCAAUGGGACGCUACCUGAAAAAACAGCCAAAUUUUACAUAGCAGAAUUAUUAUUAGCGGUUAAACAUUUACAUGCCAUGGGAUUUGCUCAUCGUGAUAUAAAGCCAGAAAAUAUGAUGUUAGAUCGAGUAGGACAUCUUAAGUUGGUAGAUUUUGGUUCUUCUGCUAAACUUGACCGUGAUGGUAAGAUAAAAACUCGAAUGCCUGUGGGUACCUCAGAAUAUGUCGCACCUGAGGUUUUACAAUUUAUGCAGUCAAAUUCAAUGAAUGGUUACAAUGCCCAAUGUGACUUAUGGUCUGUGGGAAUUGUUGCUUAUGAAAUGGUGACAGGAGAUACACCUUUUAACGCUGAACAACAAGCAGUUAUUUACUCCAAAAUAUUAAGCUUUGAUAAUUUGUUAAAGUAUCCUGCAUCUUCAAAAAUAAGUUCAUCCUACAAGCAAAUGAUAGAAUGUUUGGUAUGCCAUGUAGAAAAAAGAUUUACUGUGGAUAUGAUUAUAGAUUUAGAAAUUUUUUCAAGUAUUAAUUUCAAUUCAUUACAUGAUCAAGUUCCACCAUAUAUACCUUCUUUAACAUCUGAUAAAGAUGUUUCAAAUUUUCCAAUGCAUGAGCGAGAUCGUCCAACUCUUAAUAUAAAUAAUUUUAAGAAACCAAAACAGUUUACUGGGCGAGACCUACCAUUCAUUGGUUUUACUUAUAAUAUUCAAACACCAAAACGUAACCAACAACAUUAUAUUAGUAGUCCAGAAUUAGAAACAACAAUAAAAAUUAAAAGAAAAGAACUAGAAGAUGCACAUGUAUUAAUACAAGCGUAUGAAGAAAAAUUAACAGAGUAUGAUCAAAUGAUGGUUGCAAAUGAAGAAAGAAUAAAGAAAAUGGAAGAAGAAAAUGUUUUAUUGCAUGUAGAUGUAUCUUCACUAAGUAGUGAAUUAGGAAGGUUAACUAAAAUAAGUGAAACCAGUGAAACUAGUACCGAUGAAAUAGAUGUAAUGCAAAAAAAACAAGCUGAAAUUGUAAAAAAUGAAAUUGAUAAAUGGGAAAUAAAAACAAUUAAUGAAUUGUACAAUAUAGAAGAAAUGAAAACACAAAAUGAAGAUCUUUUAGCACAGAAUGCCGAGUUACAAUCACAAUUAUUAAAGCAUCAAAACGAUAUUAAAAUUUAUCAAGUAACUGAAGAACAGUUGAACAAAAAAAUUGCCAAACUAAAAUCAAAAUUAAAACACAUUGUUCGGCGUUCUAAACAGUUAACUGAAGAAAAUAUUGACAAUCAUGUUGCUUCAUUAAUGACUGAGAUAAAAACAAAAGAAGAUAAAUUUGGCGUCGAAAUGAAUAAAUUAAAUGAUGAUAACAAUUCACUUCAAAAAAAAAUUGUUUCUAUGCAAAAAGAUUUGGAUAAUUUAAAUAAUAAAGUGAUUCAAAAUCUAGAAAAAGAAAUGAAAAUACAGGAGGAACAUAAGGCAACAUGUUUGAAAAUGGUUUCAGAAUUUGAAUCUAAACUUAGCUUUGUUUAUAAAGAAAAAGAUAUAGAAAUUGAAAAAUUACACAGUAAAAUUGCACAAUUACAACAACAGUUCAGUGAGUCUUUAAUAUCAUUUGAAAAACAUGAAAAUGCUAUAUCAGCCAAAGAAAAUGAAAAAGAGUUUGAAUCUGAAUUAAAAACUCGUGAACAAGAAAUCAAAGAUUUAAAAUUAGAUUUGAGAAUCCUAGAACGUAAAUAUAAAACAUGUGAAGAGACAAUAAGUAGACUUAGGGAAUAUCAUAAAGAUCUUCGAUCUACAAAUAAACAAGAAAUUUCAAAAAUGCAAGAAGAAACAAGAAUGCAAAUUAAGGUCAAAGAAGAUGAAAUCAUAGACUUACAAAAAAAAAUAAUUCAUCUCAAUGAACUCGUUGAAUCACUUCAGCUGAAACUUGAUAAAGAAGUAGCUGAGUCAAAACGUUUGGAGAUAGAAUUAAAUAAAUUGAGUAAUGAUUCAAAGAAUUGGGCUAUAGAAAAAUCAACACUUGAACGAAACGUAUUAGAAAUUAAAACCAAGUUUAAUAAUUGUGAGUCCAAUGUUAAGACUCUGCAAGAACUAGUUACAGUGCAAGAUGAGCAAUUAGAAGGUUUUGAAGAAGUUGUUCAGUCGAUGAAAAUUAAAGAAAAACAUUUACUUGAAGAAAUUCAGACCAAAAAAGAUGAAAUUGAAAAAAUUAGAAAUGAUUUGAGAGACACUAAAAAAAAAUUAAAUGAAGAAAAAUCACUACGCAUUUUAGCUGAAAGUAAGGGAAAAUCUAUGGACAGUGUUCAAGACAAUUUAAAAACGGAAUUAAAACAUUUGACAGAUCAAAUAAAUGAAAAAAAUCAAGAAAUUGACUCAUUAAAAAAACAAUUAGAAGAAUUGAACUCAAACUUGAGAGAAAAAACUACGAUGUUCUUUACACUUCAAGUAGAAUCUGAAAAAGUAAUUAAGGAAUUGAAUAGAUUAAAAACAGAAAUAUCUGAAAAUAUUAGUCAAAAACAAUUGUUAAAAGAAGCUAAUAUUCGGCUAACACAACAGUUAGAAGCAACAGUUGAAGAUUCAAAUGUACUGCAAAAUGUUAUUGGCAAACAAAAAAAUGAUCUAAUUGAACAAAAAGUUUAUUAUGAAGAACGUUCAAUUAAAGCAGAUGCUACCAUUUUGCAACAGACAAAACUUAUUGACUUUUUACAAACUAAAUUAGAUGAAUUAACUAAAAAAAAGAGAACUUUAGGAGACUUAUUGUUUAGUGGAAAAAAUAAGGAAAACGUUGAUCAAAAGGAAAUUGAAAUUUUGUUAAAUUCAGAAAGAAGUAAGUCUAAAGAUUUGGCUACUAAAUUAUAUCAAACACAAGCAGAGUUAAAUAUGGUAAAAGCUCAUGGUCCAUUGCCAUCACCAUUAGCUCCAACUCGUCUUAACUUUGAUUCUAAUUCUCCAGUUUACUCUAAAAAUAACUCCAGUUUAAAUUAUAGAGCAACAUCUGGAUCUAUUCAUAAGUUUGAUGUAAAAAUAUGUAAACGUGGAGGACUGCAAUGUUCACACUGUGAAUCUGAAAUUUUGGUUGGACAACAGUUAAGCCAGUGUCUUGAAUGUAGAGUAUCAGCUCAUAUAACAUGCUCGCAUGAGUUAUUACCUGACUGCACAAGAGGUAUUUCUAAAAAAAAUUUAAGUCCUAUUGAAAAUCAUAGACAAUCUCAAAUUGAAUCUUGGAUUACAUUGUGGGAUAAUACUAAACAAAUUUGGGAUAGAAAGUAUGCCAAAAUUGAAAAUGGUAUCCUUUACAUUCUUAAUAACAAGCAUGAUCAUGAAAAUGAAUCUUAUUUUAAUUUACCAUUAUCACUUUCAUCAAACAGUAUUAAAAUAAUCGAUGUUGCUCAAUCUAAUGAUAAAACAUUUGAUAAAGACACUAAUGAAGACUAUGAACAAAUGUUUAAAAUUGAGGUGUAUAGUUCACAUAGUGGUUGGAUGACUGUAUUUUUAUACAUAAUUGUAGCUAGUACAUUAGAAAAAGAAACCUGGAUAGAUAUUUUAAAAGAACAUUUAGUUGAUAAUGAUUGUAUUUUACAUCAGCCCAACCAAGGAUAUAAAGAUAUUCUUUACACAUUUCAGAAGGAUAAAAUUUUAAAUGUUAAUUGCAUUUAUCAAAUAUCACAAAGUAUAUUCUUAUUGGGUGCUGAUGAAGGGUUAUUUUCUAUUCAUUUAAAAAAUCAAAAUGGACAGUUAAAACAUGAUAUAGUUUCUAUAAUUGGUCCAAAAUUAGUAAGAAAUUUUGUAUUCUUGCCAAAAAUUCAAAUAGUUUUAAUUAUUGCUGGAUCUACAAAAGAACUUCUAAAAUGUAAUAUGAGAAGUGUCAUACUUAACUCAGAGCUAAGUAUUAUGUCAAAACCUAUUAUUGAAGUAACUCGAAUUAUUGAUGAAAUACGAAAAAGUCAGGAGUCAAAAAGUGGCUUACCUUUAUCUGAGCUAAAAGAAAUUAAUUGUGUUGCUGCUUCUUAUUGCAAUGAAAUUGUAGUUGUUGGUUCAGAACACAACAUUAUUGUAUUAAAGUGGCAAGAUGAUCAGUUUAUUGUAACAAAAAUUCUUAAAACAAAUGUCCCAACAAAAUGCAUUUGUUUCAUGCCUACAGGAAUUAUUUUUACUACAAAUAGUUUUUAUAAAAUUGAGGCAAAUAGUUUGAGUUGUAAAAGAUUUUUCACAGAUUCUAUUGCUAAAGCACAUGAUUAUAAACCUAUGUUUGCUUGUGAGUUAACUAAAAAUAAAGAAUAUCUUUUAUGUUAUAAUAUUUAUGGUAUAUUUGUCAAUACUGAAGGCGAAAGAAUACGCAGUGGUGAAAUGAAAUGGCCAUAUAGCCCUAAAAACUUUGCAUUUAAGAAACCUUAUUUGGUAAUCUUAUCAGAAUCUGAAAUAACUAUUAUCAAGAUUACUUCAUCAUGUUGUGUAGAAGAAGAUACAUGGAGUAUUACUUCUACAAAACAGCCAAAUGAUCGUAUUGUUUUGAAUAUAGACAAUCCAAAACUUUUGGAAGGAAAUAAUAUCUAUUUAAAAGAUUUUUGUAAAUACAAAGGAACAAUUGAUAUAUUUCAACUUGAUCCAUCUAAAAUCCUAAAGAGUUCAUUGGCUGAAAGUAACUCUACCUUAAAUAUGCAGGAAACCACCUGUGACAACUUAUCAGAAUUCAGUUUUACAUCUUCUAUGUUGGAAAAUUUAGAUGAAGAACAAGAGGAUUUUCAAAAAAAAGUUUGCUUUGAUCUAAAUGUUCAGGUUAAUAACAAUUGAUCAUAACUUCUUAAACUUAAUUUAUUUAUCUGUAAAUAUUUAGACUUAAAAUUUUUUAUUUUUUUAUUCUACUUGUACAUGGUACAAAUUGUUGUAUAAAAUGUUAAGUGUGUUUUUGUUUUACUAUUAUACCAUUUGAUUUAAAGUUAUGCCUUCACUUUGAGUAAGAAUAAUAAAUAUCA